ACAAAUACUUCAGCUGUAAAAAAAAAAUUCUUAAAUGUAACUUGACUUUCUUAUUUUAACUGAAAUAUUAUAAAAAUGUGGCGUUCGAUUGGGGUAAUGGGCGCUAGGCUGAGUGUAACUCGGUGCAAAAGGGGCACCAUCCGCCAUCUACUUACGCGUUCUAACCAUGUUCUCCUUAACUUUUAAAUUUAAUGUUACUUUUUUUUUUUCUAAACUUAAUUAAAUAUUACUUGGACCGAUAUCGAUACAUUAAUCUCCUACUCUAUAUACGUUGUUUUUAGCUAAGAAACAGAGAAUACUGGUGGAUAUGGUCAUUAUACACAAAAUAAACAAUUGGACAAGUGGUGAAAUAUGCCAAGAUAUGUCUUAAAUUGGUGAAGUAAUAUAUGUGUGAGUUAAUUCUCCGAGAUUUCGAGUAUCAUGUGUCAUUGAGCAAAUGGACUGAAUAUCCCUGGCUUUGAAAGAUAGAAAACGAUGGGGAAAAUGGCAAUUUGACUAUCUUUCUAUUUUGGAAUCAUGAAUCAUGAUUAGUCAUGUCAAUAACCAAAACUACUAGAAUGUUUGUUUCAUUAUUUUAAGUCUCCCCACAAAUGUUUAUAAUUGAAAUUAUAUUUAUUUGAUAACACAUUCGAAAUUAAUCUGUUCUCCACUGUCUUCUUGAUUUUUUUCAAAAAAAGACAGACGCAUAAGUGAGUACACUUUAUAACUAUAGUUCAUGUGAUCUAAUUAAUAAAUACAUUUGUAAUUUUAGCACAUAAGUAAAAUUUAGUUUAAGUACGAUCCAACUAUUUUAACCAGUUUUGAUGGAAACCUUAUUAUAUAUAACGUACUUUGUAUUUAAAGAAAUUUUGUUCAUUAUAUCAUUAAAAAUAGUUUUGGGAAACGUUUCUUUCAAAUUUAAGAAAAUUUUUAUUUGUAUAAAAUGAAGAUAAAUAUGAAAGAGUUAUAAAUUACAAAUUAAAAAAAACAAAUAUAUAGUUUUAUUAAUACUUAUUUUAAUGUACACAUACCAACUUUUAAAUAGUUAGAUAUCAAAUGUGGAAAGCACUAAUAUUUACAUAAAGAGUUUCUUUUGUACAUGAACCUUCACAGGAAAUUUCCGAAACAUAAUUAACAAUGAAAAAUAAAGCUUGCUAGCUACUAAUGGCUCUGCUUUUUAAACAUCGAAUAAAAUCAGCAACAAAAUAAAAUUUGUUCACGUAAGUACUAUCUGCCUCUAAUUAAUAAUACUCUUGUCUCUGAUUAAUAUAAUAUUUCAUUUUCAAUUUGUUUAACAUUUCACGAGUCCGGUCCUACACAAGAAUCUCAUUGCUCUCUACAAAUAACAUCGACCCAUCGAGACAAAACAACAUGCCAUUUUAUACUUGGUUCUCUCCUUCUGGAAGUAUUUAAGAGAAUCAAAAUCGCUUAAGAGGUGAGUAAAUGAAAGGUGCAAUGGAAAAAGUGAGAGAGAUAUGGAAAGAAGGGAGGAGAGUAGGAAAAGAAGACCCAAGAAGAAUAGUUCAUUCUUUCAAAGUGGGACUUGCUCUUGCUUUGGUCUCUUCCUUCUACUAUUAUCAACCUCUCUACGAUAACUUUGGUGUCAAUGCAAUGUGGGCCGUCAUGACCGUCGUUGUCGUCUUUGAAUUUUCUGUAGGUGCCACACUUGGGAAAGGAAUAAAUAGAGCAGUGGCAACAUUAGUAGCUGGAGGACUAGGAGUUGGAGCUCAUCACCUAGCAAGUUUGUCCGGUCCAACAGUAGAACCUAUUCUACUCGCCAUCUUUGUCUUUGCGCAAGCUGCGUUAUCGACGUUCGUGAGGUUCUUCCCACGGGUGAAGGCGAGAUACGAUUAUGGGAUAUUGAUAUUCAUAUUGACGUUCUCACUGAUAUCAGUGUCGGGGUUUAGAGAAGACGAGAUAUUGGAUUUGGCGCAUAAGAGACUAUCGACAGUGAUAAUGGGAGGAGUCAGUUGCGUCCUUAUCUCUAUCUUUAUCUGCCCUGUCUGGGCUGGACAAGACCUUCACUCUCUUCUUGCCUCCAAUUUUGAUACACUGUCCCGCUUCCUUCAAGGUUCUUUCCCUAACUUAAUUAUGAUUCACUAUGUAUAUAAAUUAAUAAUACCUAAAAAUACUUCCCCACCAAAAAUAUCACAUUUGCUUUUACAAAAAAUAAAAAGUUGGAAACUGGCAGAAUUUGGGGACGAAUAUUUUGAAGAGACAGAUGAUGGGGACGUCAAGGAGGUGGAGAAGAGAAGAAGGAAUCUUGAAAAAUAUAAAUGUGUUCUCAAUUCAAAAAGCAAUGAAGAAGCUUUGGCUAAUUUUGCAAAAUGGGAACCGCGUCACGGCCAAUUUAGAUUUAGGCAUCCAUGGAAACAAUACCUUGCCGUCGCUGCAUUACUCAGGCAGUGUGCCUACCGGAUGGAUGCCUUGAAUUCAUACAUCAACUCAGAUUUUCAGAUCCCAAUGGACAUCAAAAAGAAACUAGAAGAACCGUUAAGAAAAAUGAGCUCGGAGUCAGGAAAAUCAAUGAAAGAAGCGUCAAUUUCAUUAAAGAAAAUGAGAAAAUCAUCAUCUUCUGAUAUUCAUGUCUUAAACUCACAAUCUGCCUGCAAAGAUCUUUCUACUUUACUCAAAUCAGGCAUCUUGAACGAUGUUGAGCCUCUACAAAUGAUCGCAUUAACGACCACCGUCUCUCUGCUCAUUGAUAUUGUAAACUUAACCGAAAAGGUAUCACAAUCCGUACAUGAACUCGCAUCCGCUGCAAGAUUUAAGAACAAGAAGAAAUCGACCGUGUCAUCCAAGAAGUCAGAUUCUGUAAGCACUGUUCGUGCAAUGCCAACCAAAUCUCAAGAUGAUCAUGUUGUCACAAUCUUAUGUGAUGAUGAUUUAUCAAACACUGUUGACCAGUCGUGUGGAGAGAGUUCAGUGGACUCUUGUCACCAUGUCGCCAUAAAGAUCGAUGAUGAUGAUGAUUCAGUCCAUGAAAAACAUGAAGAUGGUGAAAUACAUGUACAUACGAGUUGUGUAUUAUGUGGUCAAACUAAUGCUAGUGAUGUUUUAGAUUGUGGUAAUCAGAAAAUUAUUAAUAACUUAUAACUAUUUAUUAUAGGAUUUAGGUGAAUAUUAAUACAGUAUUAAAUAAAGUUAUUUUGAACAAGAGUUCGUUUUGGAUCUAGCCUAACUCGACCAUGGUUUUUUUUUCCUUCUUUUUGUCCUUUUCAACUAAGUUUCAGUAAAAGUAAAAUGUACCUCUUAAUUCAUAUCUCGAUGACUAUAUAAUGUAAAUGUGAGCUGAGUUGUCGAGUAUCACUAUCUCGGUUUGGGCUAUCUCUAGUGGGCCGCUGACUAAUGUGGUUUGGGGCUUAGUGAAGCAAAGCCACACAACUGAGUCUUGAUCAGUUAAAGAGAACGGCAUCGUUUUGAGGAUCAUUGAUCAUCUUCAUAA